CUUGGACGACCCUGCCUCACUCCUUCCAAAAUUCUCACAGAUGUGACGGAGGGCUGAAAAUUCUCCUUCUCUUGGAGGUGCCCUUCAGCCCUCAGGAUAUUCCUAUCGCUGCUCGGCAGAGACGCGAUUGCCGACAAGCCAGAAAAUCUGAAAGCCACGAAAUUUCAAUCCGUCAGACGCCACGUCCCGUUGUGCGAUCUUCUCAACCUCGAGUACUCCUCCACCUCGACAUCGACACCGGGCGAAACUUGCGCCGCGACGAUGGCCAUGUCUGUCAUGCCGUCGACCAUGUCGGCCCUGGUCAAGCGAAAGCUCAAUCCGCAGUCCGGCCCCGACGCCGCCAACAAGAGACAGCGGGUUGGCAACACAGGCCCGCAGCCGGCACCGGGCCUCCCGUCCGAACCCCACGAGUCCCUCCUCAUGGAGCUCCGUCCCAAGUACGACGUGGCCACCUUCUCCGUGAUCUCGUCGACAAGCAUCGCCAAGCGCAUCGACCAGAUCCUCGCGCACCUCGGCCGCUUCCACCCCAUCGACAUGGCUGUGCUGCCAGGCGUCGUCCUCAUGCACGCGAGGUCCCGGGACGCCGCCAAGAUGGUAUCGGUCACCGAGCUCGUACGGAGAAGAAUACACGACGGCGGCCAGAAAUGGUAUCAGUACAACAGAGUCUACGAGGUUGAGGUUGGGAUGCCCGAGGAAGACACAGUUAUCGAGGAGACGGUCGUACUGGGAGCACAUCGGACAAACGACCAGACCACACGGAGCCGAGGUGAUGGAGACAGUGACGGUCGCCUGGAUGGCUCACCUGCAGACUCUACCCCGUCGGUAUUCGAGCGUGCGGUCCUCGGGCAGCCAAAGUCUGGCCAAGCUCUGUACAUGAGUAUCUUCCUCUCUCGUGUUCCGAUAUCCGAGCUUCGCGCCAAACCCUUCAUAACCGCGCAAUCGAACUCAGACUCGAUCGAUCAACAGCGCAGACGGCAAUAUUGAUACUUGGGUCGAGAUAUCCUGCGAAAUGUCUGAAGAGGAGUUGUUGUUAAGAUGUCAGGAACAUGGGGGGUACGCAACCUCGCCCGGAUUCCCUCAAUCGAAUCUCGCACCGCUUCGGAUACGGAGUCGCCGGUGGUCACGCAUAUGGGCUGAUAAAGUGGAAGGGGUUAUCAAGGCGCUCUGGCUCUGGCUACACGGAGAAUAUUCUUUUACGUUGACAUGUUAUAGACACAAUGAUACCCUAUCCUACUCGUACCCCGUCGCUUCACUGCAGUCCCAUCUGAUCUAUCCCACAUACAUGACCAGAAUUCCCUUCACCGGCUGCCACCUUUUCAUCUUUGCGUUUUCUCCAUAACUCGUCCUCAAACCGGUACCUAUGGCUCAGAGAACCGGCAAAUCCUUUGCAUGAACUCGCGUUUGACGCAUCAUCGCACGUCACGAUGGAAUCAUUGCGGUGUGUUCCCAAGAUAGUACCAGGCAUUCAACCAAGGAACCGCCAACUGCAGGGUGUCUUGACCGUUCCGGAACCGCGUAGGGCAGUAAUGACUAGCAACGAGCGCAUGUAUCCAACUCGAGGGUGACGGCGGAUCCCGGAGAGCGCUCCCUUCGAUAGCUCGCAAGCCAUUCAGGGCUGCUUCGAGUUGUAGGAUAUGCGCAGCACGAAGUUGACGAUGACGGCCAGGAGCAGGACGAUGGCCAGCAGGGUAGGGCCAACCCUAUCGUCGAAGCCGCCCUGUCCCCUCCUGCGAAUCGACCUUGCUCGCCAAUGGUAUGUGGCGAGUGCGUAUACCAUUGUCGCCAUGGCGACAAAGGUGAAGAAGAAGGAUGAGAUAAAGGCCGGGCGAUCACCAAAGUUCAGCAUGCCGAUAGCGAGAGCGCCGAGGACCACGGUGAAGUUGAGCCAUGACAGGAACGUGCGCUCGUUGGCGAAAAAGACCUUGGGCUCGACGCGGGUGGGAAGGGCGAUGCGCUUGCCUAUGUUGUGUUCUCAAACGUCAAUUAGGAUAUCCAG